UGCACAUACAGUUAGUUCCUUUCGAAGCUCGUGCCAGGCAGGCCAGUGAUACGAUUCACGAGAUCCUACAAAAGCUCGGUGGAAAUUGAGCACAACGAGGGAAAUGUGAGUUGUGGAAGCGAGAGACGUCUUUCAAGACACCAACAGGAAGGGUUUUUAAAGACACACGAAGACCGUAGGAGUAUGAGUCACACCGGAGUGAAAGUGAAUCUCUUGAUAUUGUAGUGGGCGAUUCAGUCAUGCCUUAACCCACGGUGAGGCAAGAGUAACCCUGUGUUGUUCCGUCUCGGGAGAAACUGAUAAGAAUCUUGGGGAAGGAGGAGGAGGCACCACUGGGAAUCAUUACGCAUGAUUUGCACAUACGAAACAUGAUGGAGGAAAUAAAGAAGUGAUGAAGGUGGUGUGAGCAUUUCAGAAGAUGUGAAAUAUAAGGUAACUUUCUUGUUCUCGGAGUCAAAUCACGUCUGCUUGAUCGAUGCGGAUUGCUUUCUUCUCCUGAAGUCUCCCUGCUCUCCAACAUUCCUCUCUGGUGACAUCAGCUCUCACGAUCUCCUCCUAUCAAUUGUUCUCGCCGCGGGACUGGUUCCUUUUUUAUCUUCAAACGCAUACUGACGUCACUUUCACCGCUGGAUAUCUCACGCACCAAGACAGUCGAAAGGAAAGUUUCUGGAGCGGCAUAUCUAGUCAAGUCUGUUUUGAUCCUAGAUCGCGGCUGCAUAUCGUAGCCUUAUCUGCGACCAGUCCACCGCCAUGAGUCUAGAGAGACCUCAGCCGCCAUCGUCCCGCUACGUGGACUACACACAGCCCGGCCCAAGUGGGUAUCGGCCCUCUUCGGUCAGUAGCUACGAGUAUGCCCCUGACAGGCCCCCAAGAAGACAAAGGAGGGAGAGGAGUAGGUCUAGAGAAUCACUAAACAGAGAAGGAUACUCUUCAAGGGAGGUUUAUUAUAAUCCAGGCUUAGACGAUGACCGAGCCCCGAGCGACCGGGCAGAAAGUGAGUUCACCGUCAGGAAUGAAGCCGUCGUGAGUUCCCAGCAGCUGGAGGAGGAGCGAAGGGCCGCCUCGAGAGCGGCCUCUGAAAUCUAUGCCUCGACGAGAAUGGCACCCAGACCCCAAUCCGAGAUCAGCCAGUACACAUAUCGGUCUGGUGGUGGACGGAGUGACGUGGUGAGCGUCAAGACGAAGACCACGAGAGGCGGGAAGCUGGUGAUGGAGACCAUGACGGCCCCACACCCCUGCUGCCCCAACACCAGGAGUGUCUGCUGCCUUAUGAUACUCUUGAAUCUGGGUCUCCUUCUCAUUACUCUGGGAUUCGUGGUUGUCUUGCAGCUUUACGACCCAGCUUUUGUAUGGUACAUUGGUCUCUGCAUGCUGAUCUUCGGAUUUCUGGUCCUGUUUGGUUCCCUAAUUUACUGCGUCAGCGUCUGUCGAGAGGUAGAGAAAAUGCGGCCUCCCCCUGGAGAGCUGUAUUGGACGAACCACUGGACGAAACAGCUCAGCAUGCCAGAAAUCCACUACACGAACACCCAGUAUAAACCGGCAGACUAUAAGGGCUCUGAGUACUCCUUCAAGACGAAUCCUAGCCGGACAACGGGGCCAAGUCAACGAUAUUGAAAAUUGUUUCUAGAUAAAGGUUUGACAGCCAAAGGGUAAUAUUCCAUUUCCACAUCGCUGCGCUGAGUGACUGAUCAGUGUCUGGCCUCUAGAAAACCUGGCAAAUGUCAAGGUUGGUUCUAAAGUCGAUAUGCUUUACUUCUUAGAUGCUGUAAAGUCCAGGGGAUACUGGAAAUAUAUGAACCCUCUUAAUUAAGCAGUCUUAACAUGUAUUCUGGAUAUGAAAACACUAACAGAAUUGUAUGUUGUUCACUGAAUCCAAAACUGGAUGGGCUUGAAGAGUUUGAAUAAUCGUAUUAACAUGGUUUUGUAUUAUUGAUGUUAUUAUACUUGGCUUUAGACUCAAAUCUCUUCACAGGAUAGCUUAUAUCCAGCAUACCUUUGAAUGUUUGUAGAUUUUGCUCAAGUAAUCUGAAGCAGAGAGUGUUUGUAAAAAAAAUGAUUAAAAAAUGUUGUGAUGAUUGUAUUUACGUAAAUGAUUUCUGUGUAUGUUUCUGUAGGAGAUCACGGUGCUAUUAUGCUUGUACGUUUUUUAGGGAAACACGUCGGUAAUAUAGCUAUAAACCUCGUAGCUUCACUGUUACAACUGUCAUUUGAUAACAAGUUUAAGGCUUUUUUUGUCAGCACUUUUUUUUUUUUAGAAGAAAGAACGUCUUUACCAGCUUUAUCGAACUACACUUAGUUGUGAAGACUAAGAUCUUUCUUUAGAAUUCAGUUCUCAGACUGAUACGUUGAAGCACUGGUCCCGGAAUGGGACAUUUCUCUGACUUAGCUAACACAUCUUUCUUCUUUCACAAGUACAC